UGUGAAAACCCGUAAACCAUUUAUGUGUACCUUAUUUAAUUAACCUCGGGCGACAAGCGAACUCGUGCACAUUUCUGUGUUCCGUGUUGCUGCCAGUCGCAUGUUCGCCUAAUUUAGAACCUCAGUGGGCGUGAUCCGGGGCGGAGCAUAGCGAUGUCAGUGGAUCACACUUGUUAGAGCUUUAGACUAACUGUGAUUAUUAUGGAACAAGCACGUUUCGCUACAUCUAUAACAUAUAUCAAUAUGAUGUCUACAAAUCACCUGAUCCCUUCACCAACGGCAGUUACCAGCCACAGAGGGCAUAUUCAGAUAAUCUUUGGACCCAUGUUCUCCGGCAAAACCACAGAAUUAAUGAGAUUAAUGAAGAGAUACCAGGUAGCUAACCACUCCUGUCUCAUAGUGAAGUACGCCAAAGACACCCGCUACGACAAUCAUGGCAUCGCUACACACGACAGAACAGUGUUGUCUGCCACUGCUGCCCAUGAGCUGAUGUCUCUCAUACCUGAGGCGCUGAAGUAUGACGUCAUAGGCAUUGACGAGGGACAGUUCUUUCCUGACGUGGUGGUUUUUGCUGAUACAAUGGCAGAGAAGGGGAAAGUUGUCAUAGUAGCAGCACUAGACGCGACAUUCCAGAAGAAGGGUUUCGGAGACAUCUUGAAUCUCGUGCCGCUAGCAGAGCAUGUGAUGAAGCUGUCGGCUGUCUGCAUGAACUGUUACAACGAGGCAUCGUUUACCAAGAGGAAAGGAAAUGAAACAGAGGUGGAGGUGAUCGGGGGCAAAGACAAAUAUCUAGCGGUGUGUCGUGCAUGCUUCCGAGGGAACAGUUUUCACCAACAAACCAACACCACGACUGAGUAGUCCACGCCUCUAUCGAUCAGCCGUGUCUGUGUGGUGGAAGAAAAGGUGUCUGUGAUUUUUGUCUGAGACAAAACAGUUAUUUUAAUGUCUUCCUUUUAGUAUUCAUCAUACAGCUCAGCAGACAUAUAUUUCACAAAGAACAUUGUCCGGGCAAGCAUGCCACUGUGAUGUAGUCAAAGGGCAUAUUAUGUAUUACACAGAAUAAUAUUCAUAUUUUUUAAUAUUUAAACAAGACUUGUAUACAUACAGACCUAGAAACUAUUUGUUAUUAAAGUAUGUCAGUAAAUUGCAUUGACCAUUUCUUCUCAAACUUUGCAACAACAGAUAUUAAGUAGUUUAGGAACGGCCAUAAUAUAUUCUAGGUUAGGCUGUUGUUUUAGUUUAAGUUAUUUUAUAGCGCUUCAAAACGUUAUCCGAGCAUUCAGAAGUCAUGCUGGAUUCUACACACUAAAAACCCCACUGUACUCAGUGAUCUGUGAUCUGUUUGAAGCUCGCGUACAACCAAAAUAUUUUUCUUCUCAAGAUGUUGUUAUGUUUGCUGCUAUGUUACACUGCACGAACUUGUUCCUUUGACAUUAAUCGACUUGGGUGCCAUUUAGCUGUUAUUGCUAUGGUUAUAUGCUAGGAAUCUUCAUCAUGAGAUAACAGGUUUAUUAUAUACUUCAGUGUGAAAGACUGAGUUUUCUGAAGUUGAAAAAAGUGAUAUUUUCAUUGCAGUGAACAUAACACUUGAUAUUUCACUGCGGUGAACAUAACACCUGAUAUUUCACUGCAGUGAACAUAACAUGUUGACGGAACUAUGUUGGCCUACACGAGACAGCUCGUACACAAACUGUUGAUUUACGUCAGUUCAACGUUGACAAGUCAUAUAAUGACAGAUGGUCAUUUAUGUAGUUAAUACCGAUUCUUAUCGUUUGUUUAUUUUGUUGAAAAUGAAUUGUAUUAAACUGUGAAUUUCUCUUCUGA